AUGUGCGGCAUCUUCUGUCUUGUGAGUCCGGCAUCGUCUCCUUUCACAUGGGACGACCGCGUCUACCAACUUUUAAAAAGAAGAGGCCCCGACUCCAGCAAAGAUGCAAUUGUCUCGGGCUGCCAACUUCCUUAUCGGUGCUUGUUCUCGGCGCACGUUCUGCACAUGAGAGGUCUUCUCACAACUCAGCCGCUGCAGGACCCCGCCGGCAACAUCCUGCUCUGGAACGGGGAGGUCUUUGGCGCUUUACAACUCCUCCCAACUGAGAACGACACCGCUGUUGUUCUUCAGCGUUUGUCCUCUUGUAGUGACCCCUGUGACAUUUUGUCAUUCCUAUGCACCGUUCGAGGGCCCUGGGGCUUUGUGUACUACCAAAAGAUGGAUAAGGACCACGGCAACCCAGAGUCCACUGUGGAGGAUCUGGAGGAGCUUCUGGACCUUAUCAAAAAGGAUAAGGCGGUGAAAGGUCUGAUAGACGUUCUCAGCGAGGCUGUCAGGAGACGCGUCCAGUCUCUGCCCGACGAAUCGCAGGCCGGCGAGCGUUCACGCAUCGCCGUCCUUUUCUCUGGCGGCAUCGACUCUAUGAUCCUGGCCGUCUUGGCUCACCGUCACGUGCCCCAUUGUCAAUCCGUAGACCUUCUUAACGUGGCUUUUCAACAGCACGAGGCUCGGAAAGACUCUGCCAGGGGACAAAAACCCAGUCGGAGUCAGUCGGAAACCCAAAUGCGCACCGCGAUGUUUGAUGUCCCGGACAGAAUCACUGGCAGAUCGGGCCUGAAGGAACUACAAGCCUUGGCUCCGCAGAGGCGCUGGAACUUUGUGGAAGUGGACGUAAGACGGGAGGAGCUGCAAGAAAUGCGGCGCACGCGCAUUGCUGACUUGGUGUAUCCGCUGGACACGGUCCUGGACGAUAGCAUCGGGUGCGCCGUGUGGUUCGCCGCCAGAGGGGAGGGCUUCCUGGCCCGGGACCACCACCGGACCGUCUUCGUGUCUUCGGCCAAGGUCAUUCUGACAGGAAUCGGCGCCGACGAGCAGCUGGCGGGUUACGCCAGACACAGAGUGCGCUUCAAGACCUCCGGACACCAAGGACUGGUCCAAGAAAUCGCCAUGGAGCUCGGGAGGAUCUCGUCCAGGAACUUGGGAAGAGACGACAGAGUGAUUGCAGACCAUGGCAAAGAGGCUAGGUAA